UGGGUCCGAGCGAGGCUCAGUUUCGCAAGGUAUAUGAACGGGUUCAGUGGACAAUCGAAAGUGGAAAUAAACGACAAUGUAGUUGUUUAGUAUCUGCAAUCGAAUUUUGUCAACAGAGUGUGUGAGCGUCAGCGACGCAAGUACUCGGGGGUGAUUGUCUUUGAAAAAACCAUCACCAUAAAAAAUACCAAAGUGGCAAAAUCAUCGGAGGGAUUCAUCCUAGGAUGACACGAAAUUUCGACAUUAUCUGGCUUGUCAUCUUACUCAGCCCAAAUUUGAGUAUCUGCCAUGCCGGGAAAGAUGUGGACAAGGGACCUCAGCGUGAGUGCAAACUCGAGGGUCUUCAUCCCCUACUCAUAAUGACAUACAAAAAUGUAACCAUAUCCGUAAGUAAAAAGGCGGACAAGAUAACAAUUCCACACGGUGAACGAGUUACAGUGAGAUGUCGGGAGUUGGGGAGAUAUAAGCUCGUUGGGGAUCCACUAUUGGUGUGUAGAAAUGGGGGAUGGAAUGGAAAAUCUCCGUCGUGUAUUCCUACAACAUCUAUUUCAAAUUACUCGGAUAAUGUUCCACCGACAAUUCUGUUCGGUCUACCCAGGGGAUCAGCGGCUAUUGAGCCCUCGGGCGCCCUGGCUGUCUUCCCAGGAAGUAUACUACACCUAGAGUGUUUAUUUGCCCGACGCAUGGGCAAUCCAGAGUGGACAUGGAACUCCACAUUUCGUCAAUAUCUCACGGGCUGGGCUAUUGCACCGUCCGAGAAAGAUUGGAAGUACAGGCUGUCGAUAUAUUACGUGAAGAAUCAAGAUUCUGGGGUUUAUACCUGCUCUACGCCCAAAGGCCUAACUAAUUCCAUAAAAAUCCACGUCGUAGAUACUCAUUGUCCCACCCUCAUACCCACACCUGCACCACUGUCCAGCAAGAUCCAGGGCGCCAGAAUGGGUCAGAGAGCUGAGUUCGAGUGUCCAAAUGGGUACAGACUCGUUGGCUCGAAAGUUCUCAAUUGCCAAUACAACGGAAGAUGGUCGAGUGAGGUGCCACGCUGUGAGCUCAUACUGUGUCCAGAGAUUGUUCUGCCUAAUGCAAAACUUCAGAUGUUGGAGCACAAUAACAGUGUCAGUGGUAAUGCUGUAUUCACCUGUCUGUGGGGUAAUGUACUACUAGGAUCCCAGACUAUAUCCUGCGGUGAGGAUGGCACGUGGAACGCCACUGUACCCGUUUGUUCUCAGAUAACGUGUCCUCUACCGUCUGUCCCUAAAAACGGAAUAAUUCUGGAGCAGGAGAGGAGCCCAGCAGUGGGAAAAAAACGGAUUACCAAGGCCAACAAGGCCAGAAAAGUGGGAUCGUUGUUGAGAUUUGCCUGCCUUCCUGGGCAUCAAUUAAUUGGGGAGGGAUCCAUUAUUUGUACGGAGAAUGGCACGUGGUCCCAUGAACCUCCAUUGUGUGAAGUCAGGUGUCCAUAUCCCGGCGAUCCACCCCAUGGAAAAAUCGCUCCACUGAAAUUCUGGUACAAGCCCGGUGAUACAAUUCAAGUUACAUGCUCACUGGGUUACGUAACUCCAUUGGAGCCAGAGAGGAAGCCAACGUGCAGAGAGAAUGGCAUCUGGAGUGGACCACCACCCCCCUGCACAUCCUACAGAGAUGUUUGAAUUCCACUCAUCGACACAGUACCAAAGAGUUCAAUCCGAAGCAAUUUAAAUAUCUAACGAAUCGAUGAAUAAAAAAUCUUGCGAUUUUUUUCAUCGAUUGUCAAUCGAUUUCGAUCGAAUCAAAUUGACUCUGCCGUUACGGCAAAAUUAUUAGCAAAGAGAAACCAUGUUUUCCACAAAAGAUGAAAUAAAAAAAGGGCGCAACUCGAAAGCUC